CUACAGGAUUGAGACAAGAGAUGGCUGAUUUUCAGCUGAGCUCAUGGAAAUAUUACAGAAUUUAUCAAUAGAUGCUUUUGUUCCAAAAUUUGAAAAAGUUCCUUGGCUUAGUGAGGCCAGCCUGGUGAACAAGCCCCUGGUACUCAGUGUCCCUGGAAGAUACCAUGCCUCUGCCACUGUUCUGACUUUAUCCAAGAAAGACAUGGAUUUGCCAAAUUUGCUUCAAGUUCCAGAUAUCAUAUCAAAGGCCAGAAAGAAUGAGCAUGAAAAUCUCUCGCCCAGGAACAAGCAGCUAUACUCCACAUUCCCGGAAAUGAAAACGGUACAGCCAAAAAAUUUCACAAUCCCACACCGUGAUGAGAAACCAUCCUUCCAGAAUUCUGUGAAUCACAGAGUGAUGCUCCUUCAUCAUCCCCAUGUCCAGCAGUUUAAUCAUCCCUGCAAUGACAUUCUAACAGAGAGCAUUCACUACAGACUGCCCAUUAUGGGUCCCAGGACUGCUAUCUUCCACAGGCUGCUGUCAGGUGCCUACAAAACUCCUCAGGAGACUCAACACUUCUCCUUUCCCAGAAAGAAACAAAAGAGCAAGACAGUGAAGCAAUGAGUCGUCAGAGCUAAUUACCCCCAAACUGUCAGAGAAGAGACCACCUCUCCAAGCUGUUCUAUUAUUGAUGCAUUCUCAUAGUCUUCGUAUCUCCUGAAAGAUGGAUCACUUUUCCCUUCCUAUGUGCUGCUAUUCUAGCUCUUACCACUUUCUCCUAAAGACAGAAUGUUUAA